AUGGUUCUCUGGCUAUCAAGAAUCCGUCCUUCCCUCCCGGUACUCGCGACCCUCCUACUUCUUCCCCUCCUACCUGGUCAUGCACUCCAAAACAUAACCCUCUCUUCCUCUCUCAUACCUCUCCAGCCACCUUCCAAUGCAUCCCAAGUUCUUGACAAAGCGCUCGCCUCGUUCUCGAUCGAGAUUGCGUACAUGGAUGCGUUUGCUGGAAACGUCACCGAGGGGAAUGGAACGUCGGAUGGGGGAGGGCUGCAGGAGAAUGUGUUGACGAGGGAGUUGAUGCAAAGACUUGUGGAAAGGACGGGUGUAGGGCCGGAUAUUAGGCCGGGUGGCAUUACUGUGGAUAGUUCCAUAUACGAUGCGAACAGCUCGGCCUUAGUCCUUGAUGAGAGUACGGUAAUAUUCCGCACGACAUAUGGCCCGGGCUUCUACAAAUACCUCUCCGUCUUCCCCAAUACAACCAAAUUCGUUCUGAGCGUAAAUCUCGGGAAUGACACCAUCUCGAUCGCGAGAAACCAAUUAGCAGCAGGGAUUGAGAAUAUUGGAUGGGACAGGUUGAGAGCACUGGAACUGGGUAACGAACCAGACCAUUAUCCCUCUGGAUCGCGUCCAUCUGGCUGGAACUCAGCCGACUACACCGCCCAGUUCCUUGGGUGGACCUCGGUGCUCACUCGUAAUUUGUCGCUGCCCAAAGGGAUCUGGCAGGCUGGAAGCUUUGCGGACGAUCCUACGAGCAGCGCGUUGAUGACGACGGUGGAUAUUGUGCAGGAGGGCGUGGCCACUAUGGGCGUUAUAGAAGUUUUUAGCCAACAUAUGUAUCAAUAUUCGACGUGCGAUCCUACCCGGAACGCGAUCGCUACACUUCCGAACCUUGUUAAUCAUUCGAGUAUUACGGCCUAUGUCGACCUCUGGAAGCCCCAAAUUGCCGCCGCUCGCGAUUUAGGGAAAGACUUCGUGGUGGGCGAGUAUAGCUCUGUGUCGUGUUCAGGGAAGGAGAACGUCACGAAUGCGUUUGGACAGGCGUUAUGGAUUGCGGAUACGGUACUGUAUAGCGCGUCAAUAAACAUCACGAGGAUGUACCUGCAUCAGGGUGCGACGCUAGUCUUGCAGAGCAGUACGCAGGAGAAUGCUCCCGGAUUCUCAUGGUACGACCUCUGGUACCCUAUCGACACAGAACGCUACGGCGCCGCUCGCGCAUCCCCUUCCUACGUCUCCUACCUGCUCAUAACGGAGGCUAUCGGUCCCUCGCCGUUUACAUCGCGUAUUACACUAGUUGACAUACCGACGGCGCCCCAAGUUGCGGUUUACGCUGUUUGGGAAGGGAAGAACUCAAGUAUAGCAGCUCGGGACGACGGUUCUAGUGCGGAGACUGGAGAGGAGGCAUUGAGCCGGCUCGUGAUCCUCAAUCUGGGUCACCGCAACGUCUCCUCGACAGAUGAAGAGAAGGACGACAUAGCCGUCAGCGUCGAUCUCUCACCUUUCGUCACUUCAGGUAGCGCAAACGUGACAGUGAAGAGGAUGACGGCCACGGGUAUGGACUCAACUGACUCUGACACGGCGACAUGGGCAGGGCAGGGGUAUGCACAGGGAGUGGCGAGUGGAGAGGAGGUGAUUGAGGGAUUGAACGGGGGGAAUACGGUGCGGGUGGGGGGGACUGAGGGAGUUGUGGUCUUUCUUCGUUGA